AUGUUUUGCCCCAUUGAAAAUAGUCUUGCAAAUCCAAAUGUCUAUAUUUCAACAUCCCAUUCAAUUUCAAUGUUAACAAUUCCUUUCAAUUUCCUAACAUUGGCUGUUAUAUUUUUCAAAAAUUCGAGAAAUUUGAGAGCAUUAAAAUUAGCUUUGUUGUAUAAUCAAUUUUGGAGUCUUUUCGGUGAUUUAUUGAUUGGCACCUUGAUAAUCCCGUAUAUUUUUGUUCCAUGGCCAGCUGGUUUUCCAUGUGGAUUAUUAACUGAAGUUUUUGGAAUUAAUCCGUUUGUACAGGGUUAUGUUUUAGUUGUUGUGAUCUGUGGUAAGAUAUUGCACAUGAUGAAUAUUUUGAUAUAA